UUUUAUCUCGACAAGAAAGAAAACUUUCAAACAGCAGUAAUGUUGACAUCCGGUUUGGAUAGUCACAGGAGAAAGCAAGAGAAAGAACCCCCUCCCCCCCCCCCAAUGCUUGCCACCAAAGCAUCCACCUUCACCCACCGGUCCUCCGUGGCCUACACAACCUGCCGGGACCGCCAUGUCCACUGCGACGGAACCCGCCCGUGUUGUACCCACUGCUCUUCCGAGGCCAGAGUGUGCGAGUAUACACCGUCGCGACGUGGCGGCCUCACCCGGGCCGAGCUGGCUGCCCGCCGUGCUGCCAAGGACCGGCCCAGCAGCACUACCGGAGUGAGGUGUUGCAACGACGCGGGAUCGCUGCCGGGGCGUAGGAGAGCAGCAGCAACAGCGGUUGCUGUUGCUAACACUUCCACCGUUACCACCCCUUCCUCCUACCACAGAGAUGUAUGGGCACAUGUCCUAAGUAACAAGGCGCGCCGAGGCGAGCUGGAGCCGCUCCUGGCGUGCAUGCGCUUCAUCGGCAGCCUGUACGCCAAGUCGGACCAGGCGACCGAGCUAGGGGAAUCCGUCCGGCUCGACAUCCACACCCGCGGUGACCUGAACCCAGACCCGGCACUGGCGCAGUGUCGCCUGCUCUACUCCAUCGGCACGUACUGGUGCGGCGACAGGGACACGUCCCGGCGCGAGAUGGACGCCGCCCUGGGAAUCGCCAUCGGUCUGGGCAUGCACUGCAGGGAAUUCACCAUCGAGAACUCGGGCUCCGGUGAGGAUCCGUCGAUAUACACGUGGUUGAUGCGUGGGUACGCCGCCAUUAGGAAGAAGCCGACCUUUGCGACCCGCAACGUGCACAUCACGGCGGACCUGCCGUGCGAGGAGCGGGAGUAUGAAUCAGGGACGAUCCCAACGCCCAAGACACUCGACGAGUUCGACAGCCGCGAGUUCUCACCAGAAAACCACGUCUACUCAUCCUUUGCCUACCUAAUAGGCGCCACCGCGCGGGAUAGCUAG